AUGUCACGAGGUAGUGGUGCAGGGUUUGACAGACAUAUUACAAUCUUUUCACCGGAAGGACGAGUUUAUCAAGUUGAAUAUGCAUUCAAAGCCAUACAUUCCACAAAUCUUACUGCAGUGGCGGUGAAAGGAGUUGACUGUGCUGUAAUUGCUGUCCAGAAGCGAGUUCCUGACAAAUUAAUUGUGGCUGAUUCUGUAACCAGUUUUACACAUUCUGGCUUAGCGGACAGCAAAUUCCAAGUCAAAAGGGCUCAAGCAGAAGCAGCUGCAUGGAAAUACGAAAAUGGAUACGAUAUGCCUGUAGAACAAUUAAGUCGGCGUAUGGCAGAUCUAAAUCAGUAUUAUACUCAGAAUGCAGAACUUCGAUCGCUCGGAUGUGCAAUGCUUUUGAUCUCCUAUGAUGAUGAGAAAGGCCCUCAGAUAUUUCGUGUUGAUCCAGCAGGUUACUACCGCGGUAUGCGUGGCUGUGGUGUAGGUGUGAAGCAGCAGCCUGCAAACAGUUUCUUGGAGAAGAAACUAAAGAAGAAAACUGAUUUUUCUUACAAAGAAGCAGUUCAGUUGGCUUUGGAAUGUUUACAGUCAUCCCUAGGAAUAGACUUAAAAGCAACCGAAGUUGAAGUUGCGGUUGUAACAAAAGAAGAUCGCAAAUUUAGGAAGUUAUCAAAUGAUGAGGUAGACCAGCAUUUGAACGCAAUCGCUGAGAGGGAUUGA